CCUGAACAGUGUGCACGAGCGCUCACAUCAAAAACACGCGCCAUCGAUAACACAAGGAGGAAGAGACAGAAAUUGUACGCUGGAAAAAAACGUUUUCAGCUACAAAUGAUAGAUUAAAAGAAGAACACCCACGUCAAACAGUUUAUAAAGAAUUUACCGAACUGUCCUUUCAACCUCUUCCUGAGCUGUGCAGCGAGGCUUUUCAUGUUCAGGAGCAGAGAGGGAGUAGAGCCCAACAGCGGCAGUGAGUCCCUGGGAUGCACAGCCGACCCGUUCCCCCUAAUUCUCUCAGGCCUCCAGAAGCUGAAGACAGGGUGCCAUUGAGAGAUCGUGUGGGUGUCCCACUGAGCAGCAGCCACCAUGGCCCUGAUUCAGGCUCUGCCCAUGCCGGCUGAGCGCCACCACACCCCCGGCCUCAACGGAACCCCCCGCCGUCGCCCCUCUGCCCCCUACACGCCCCCCAACCUCCCCUCCACCUCACCCGCCUCCAACUCCCAGGAGGCCAUGGGCUCCGUCAGCAGCCUCAUCGCCCACCGCCCCGGCCCGGCCCACCUGGCGCAUCAAUACCGGCCCGUUGAUAUAGGCCCCGAGCCGGGCACCUCCAGGCUCCACAGAACCACAUUGGGCGCCACUUCCUGCCUGGGCUCCUCUGACACAUCCCAGGAUCAGCUGCUUAGUAGCCUCACUCCGCCUGGCAACAGGAAGCCCUUGAUGGUGAUUGGCUCCAGUAAGGACAGCAGGACCAAUGGGAAUUACUCAUAUCUGAACCAGCACUAUGAGGGGGACUGGAAUGACAACCAUGUGGCUCAUGGAAGCCCCAGGACCGGGAUUGACACAGAGGAGGCCAAGGAGGGGCAGCUGGAGAGCCUCAACGGGAACGUAGGAGGAGCCCCGCCCAAACUGGUCCUCGUGUCGGGGAAGCUGGAGAAGAACAUGGAGAAAACAGUGAUCCGGCCCACCGCCUUCAAACCCGUCAUCCCCAAGAGCCGCAACUCCAUGCAGUACCUCUCCCCUCGCCACGACCGGGCCAGCCUAUCAGACAGCCAGAACAAUCUCAACCUGUUGUCACCUGGUAGCCAGACGGACACUUUGUCGCCCUGCUUGGAGAAACGCACCUCCUACAGCAGUGGGCGCCACACGGGCGGUGGCAGCCAGACCUGCUCCAUGUCUGACUCGGGCCGGAACUCCCUGUCGAGCCUGCCACCCUAUGGCAGCGUCCCCUACAAUCUGGCGCCCGCAGACACCCCGCUUGGCAGUGGCCACCUGGAGCCCAUGAAGACGGCGCCUGCCAAUGUGCACGGGCACUCCAACUCGGACAGCGGGCUCUCCUCGUCCAGUAAGAGCACAGGGUCGGGGUCGCUGAGCGGGCGCGUCCAGCCCCUGUCGGACAGUGGGUCAGGCGGGCGGUCGCCAGCCCCCGUGGAGGGUGGGUACGAGGGGGUGGUGAGGGACCUGGAGGAAAAGCUGAGGGAGAGAGAUGUGGAGCUGCAGCAGCUCCGAAACAACCUGGACGAGAACGAGAUGGCCAUUUGUCAGGUUUAUGAGGAGAAGCAAAAGCGCUGUGAGCUGGAGCUGGAGGAGCUGCGUCAGACCUGUGCCACACGGAUGCAGACCCACUCACAGAAGGCCCAGCGCGCCCAGCAGGUGCUCCAGCUGCAGGUCUUCCAGCUGCAGCAGGAGAAGAAGAAGCUCCAGGAGGACUUCAGCCAGCUGCUGCAGGAGAGGGAGCAGCUGGAGGAGCGCUGCACCUCCUACGAGCACGAGAAGAUCGAGCUAGGGCCCCGGCUGGAGGAGACCAAGUGGGAGGUGUGUCAGAAGUCUGGGGAGAUCUCCCUGCUGAAGCAGCAGCUGAAGGAUGUCCAGGGGGAGCUGGCUCAGCGCGUGGGGGAGAUUGUCUCUCUGCGUGGCCAGCUCCGGGACUCCCGUGGUGAGCUCACCACCAGCCAGGCCCUGCUGCAGGAGGCCACCUCCGCCGGCCGACUGCGCACCCUGGAGCUGGAAGUUUGCCAGAACGAGCUGCAGCGCCGCAUGAGUGAGGCCCAACUCCUCCGUCAGAAGGUGGGCCGCCUGGAGGAGGAGACGGCCCGCUUCCGUGCAGACGCCGCAGCCAAUCAGACAAGCCUCCAGGGCCCCGCCCACAAUGGUAGUGGAGGCAGGCAGUGCCAGGCCUUCCCGGAGGAGCCACAUUUGUUGACCUAUGAGAGCGACGAAGCCAAGGCCAAGCUGGCCUAUGAGAGCGAGGCCCUCCAGAGCCUCCGGGUGCAGAUGGAGAGUCUGAGGGCGGAAUUAGCCACAGAACGCCAGCGGGGGGAGGAGCAGGCGUGCAGCUUUGAGGAGGAGCAUAGGGUCUGGCAGGAGGAAAAGGACAAGGUGAUCCAGUACCAGAAGCAGCUGCAGCAGAACUACGUGGGGAUGUACCAGAGGAACCGGGAGCUGGAGGGUAUGCUGCGGGAGCUCAGUCUAGAACUGGAGACUCGGGACGAGCUGGAGGAGCUGGACGAAGGCAGCGGCAACGAGAUCAACUUUGACGAGAUCACCGCUACUGAGAUCUGACACCACCACCUUUUCUCUCUGUGUCUCCUUCUGUCUCUCUAUCUGCCAUAUGCAUGUGAUCCACUAGGAGCGUCUAUAGGAAGCCGGAUAGCCUCUAUAAUUACUUAGGUCACUUCAGAAUCCUUCAGUAGGUCUCCAUCAGGGUCUCUACAGUAUGUAGUAGUCUUUCUAUAGUUGGUCUACUCUCCCUAUGUUCCUGCGCUUCCACUCCGUCUCACAAAUGUCUUAUUAUUAUGGUUGACUCCCACUGGCUAAUGUCGACAAACACACACACAGCGGCUGUUUCUAAUCUAUAUUUCAAAAAGGAGUUGAAGCUCUGUGUGCUACAGUAGGCUCCUCCCACUUGUGAACAUCUAGUCAAAACAUGGAUAUUCUAAGCAGAUAUUACUAAUUUGGUUUGUUUCCCUUACCUUUUUUAGAUUACGCUGGGCUUAUGUUCAAUGUAAUAUAAGACUGCCAACAUUUAUAAGACCUUGAUAUUAAGCACACAAACAAAAAAUAUGAAUUUAAACAAAACAUUUAAAUGCUAUAUCUGAGGAACUGAGGAAGUCUUAAAAUUCGACAAAAAACAUACCACUGUGGCAAGCAUUUUUGGAGGGUUGAAUUUAUUGGGCCUUUCUGAAACUGGAGCUGGUGGAGGGGUUGCAGGUAGUCCCUCAGAUUUCUGAAAAGAUAACACAAUUUCAACCCUUAUGGGCUUUAAAUCGUACACACACAAACACAGUGUGAUCUGAUGUGACAAUAUAAGAGUGCACUGACAGGGAGAGUGAUGGUGAAGUCAGAUGAGUCUCGUACAGCGUGGCGGGAAUACAUCCUUUCUUUCUGUGGUAUUCACUGAACAUCAUGUAACUCUCCUCCAAAUGUGGACUUCCUCCUUGUUCACUGUGGGUGUUCUUGGUAGGUAGAGCCUGAUGACACUCGAUUUCUUCGGCAUGUUGUUCUCGAAUACAACAGGUUAAUUGGCAAAAAGAAGGGAAACGCUUCAAUGUUACCAUUACCAAAAGUCUCCUCUUUCCAUGACACAUUUGAGUAUCUAAAUAUGAAUUUUCCUUUUACACACACAGGAUGUCAUUUUAUUCCGUAUCUGCACAGUAUCUUUAGCUAGCAAAACGGAAACCGUGGAAAUUCUAAGGAAACAUGUCACUAAAGCACACUCAGACAACAGAUAUGCUUUCUAUUGUUGUGAAGAGAAUCAACUUUACCUUUGUGAUCUCACUUCCGUAGAAGUACAAUAGCAUGGAUGGAUUAAUCUCUAUGGAUCGUUGUGUUUCUCUGCCAAUAUUUAUAUGCCGCUCUGGCUAUUUGUGAAAGUGCUUUUUGUACAGGUGAGAGGACAUGCACUAAGUGAGAGAUGUUUAGUCUUUUAUAAAGUUAAAUUAGACUGGCCAAGCUAUGACUGUUAUCUUUUCAUAAACUUCUGUAUAAAGAAGCACACCCAUCCACAAGAGGAAGACACUUACAUGUCCCCAUAUCGCUGUUAACCCUUCAUUGUAGAUAUCCCUAAUACUGACAAAUCAUAUAUGGUGAAAUAUAGAUAUUAUCUAUUUCAAAAUAAACAUAGCCACUGUGAAUAGACCAAAGCAAUGUCACAUGUUCUGUUGGGUCCUUACAGUACCAUGUCUGCAUAUUGAUGUUUGAGUGAAUGCCCCUUCAUAUAUUCUAAAGAAAAUUAUCCACAGUAUUUGUAUGAAGACAUUAAAUGUAUAUUUUCAUGCUGUACAUUUAUUGUACCAACUGACUAUGUUUUUAAUAAAACGAUUGAUAAAAACGCAUAGCUGAUUUUUAAAUGGCUAACUGAUUGUUUGUUCUAAAUGUCAUUUUAUGACAUUUCUGUUAUAUAAUUGUUUGAUCAA